CCCGUCCCAGUCUCUCCUCUUCUCCUUCGCAUUUCUCAAAAUGGCGGCCGUGGCUGAAGAAACCGAAACGGUGGUUCAAACGUCUGAGGCAGAAAAAUGUACAGAUGCGCUCGAAACCGUCGAAAAAACUUCUUCUGAAGAAAAGACAGAGACAGAUGAAGCACCGAAAGCUUUGAAUGGGAGUAGCACAGACGAUAAAAAAUCUGAAGAUGAACAAAAGGAGAAAGGUGCUCUGGGUGCAACAGUUGCUAAGCACUACAAUGAGCACCCUGAGGGGAGUAAGGAGAGUCGUAAGGAUAGCAGGAUAUUCCACAUGCGCAACUUCAACAACUGGGUCAAAAGUGUGUUGAUUGGUGACUUCUUGAACAAAAUCAAAAGGUAUAAUUACAGAGACAUCAGCGUUCUGGAUUUGUGUUGCGGAAAAGGUGGAGAUUUACUCAAAUGGCAGAGGGGCCGGAUAAGGCAACUCGUGUGUGCUGACAUCGCGGAGGUGUCUGUCAAUCAAUGCAAAGAGAGGUAUAAUGAGAUGAAGCAGACAGCUGAGGAGAGAAGAUAUCGUGAUGGGAUAUUUUACACACAGUUUAUAACUGCAGAUUGCAGUAAGGAAAGAAUUGCAGACCAGUUUACUGACCCUGAACUACAGUUUGACCUCACAAGUUGCCAAUUUUCUUACCAUUACUCAUUUGAGAGCUACGAACAAGCAGACAUGAUGCUCAAAAAUGCAUGUGAGAAGCUUAAACCAGGGGGGUUCUUUAUCGGAACGACUCCAAAUGGCUCAGAACUUGUACAUCGACUGCGGGAAGCAGAGGGUCUUGAGUUUGGGAACGAAGUUUACAGAAUUAAGUUUGAAAACAAGGAAGACUUUCCUCUCUAUGGCUGCAAAUAUGACUUUCACCUUGAAGGAGUCGUGGAUUGUCCAGAGUUUCUGGUCUACUUUCCACUCUUUGAGAAGAUGGCAGAAAAAUACGACAUGAAACUAGUGUUUGUUAAGACUUUCCAUGAGUUCUUCCAUGACCACCAAAAUGAUUCCCUUAACCUGCUGUAUCGCAUGAAUGCAUUGGAGACCUACCCCAAACGUGAGGGCGAAUCACAAGCCUCUAGUAACGAGAAUGCUUAUUCACAUGCCAAGGACUUCCUGGAUGGUCUUAAUGCUGCAGCAAGCAAGACUGAGGAGUCCCCAUCAAGUAGAUAUCGCGACCACAGAGCACACAACGUAGUGGGAACGCUAUCCAAAGACGAGUGGGAAGCAGUAGGCCUAUACCUUGCCUUUGCAUUUGAGAAAAUCGACCCUGAAAUUGAGCGCCAGAAGAAGGCGGCAGCCGAGGCAAGGGAAGCAGAAGAAGCAGCCGCCAAGGCAGCCAUUGAAGCGGCCGUCAAGGCGUCACAAGAGAAGGUCGAAGAACCAGCAGCCCCAGGUACUGAUGAAGCUCCUGAUGCGGGUGAGGAGGAAGCCAAGGCGGAGGCUGCUGAGGAGGAGUCAGGGUCUACACAGACGAGGAAGCGAAAGCACGAAGAAGAGGGGGAGGGGGAGGGGGAACCACCAGAGAAGAAACAGGAUGGGGAAGAGGAUUAGGUUGACGCUUUUUUACUAGACUUCACUCACUUUUGUAUCUAUAUAAUGACUCAUACUACCAUGAGAUGUUCAGAGCAUGCUUUACUCCGUCUUGCGUUGCGUGACGAAUGACACGUGAUGUGCGUUGUAUGACGAAUGACACGUGGUGUGCGUUGCGAGACGAAUGACACGUGGUACGCCUUGCGUGAUGAAUGACACGUGAUGUGCAUUGCGUGACGAAUGACACGUGAUGUGCGUUGUGUGACUUAGGACACGUGAUGUGUGUUGCAUGACGAAUGACACCUGAUGUUUCUUGUCCGUACCAUGGCGUCACGUACUGAUAGUGCUUUUUUUGUGAGCGGCAUUCUUCGACAAUUCCACGAGCUUUUAAUAUCUUUUGAUCAUUAUCGACCACAGUUUGGUUUGAAAGACACUUCUUUGUUUACCUGAUAUUUUCACAUGAAUUUCGAAGAUCCAUCCAAAAACAAAGUUGUGUCUUUCGUCGGCUUACUAUACUAUAUUGGGGGAGCACUGUGCUAUGCUUACCGUACUAUUAAAGGCUUGCUAAUUAUUAUUUUAUGUUCUUCUCAGUCCACCGCGUUUGUGCCAAUUCGUCAAUGGACUCCAGUUUUGAUACUCUCGCUUUUUCUUCUCUUGUGAUAUUUCUUAACUCGUUCAGAUGUAUUUUGUGCACAUUUUUACCUGUAAAUUAAACCUGUCCAUGUAA